CCUGCGUUUGCGUUUGCGUUCACGUUCAACCAUGGUCUGUUCCUGGAGCAGCCAGUGACAAGACCAUGUAUACUGCUCAACCAACCCGUCCGUCGCCAUAUGCGCCUACACCCUACAGCUAUACUCCUAAUACCACCUUGUCUGCGAAGAUCAACCUGGAUGAAGAGGUCAAACUGUUUGAUUCGGCCGCCGAGCGAGAUCUCAUUGAUUCCCUAGCCGAGAUCUACAGUAUCAUCCGCACCAUUGAUGGCCUGGAGAAGGCCUACAUUAAAGAUGCAUUGCCUGAAAAUGAAUACUCAGACAUGUGCUCCAAACUGCUCAGACAGUACCGGUCCAUCUUGAACGACGAAGAUGUGUCGCGCGAGUUUGGCGACCUGGACACCUUUAGCAAGAAAUGGGACAUUGAGUGUCCUCGUGCAAGAGAAAGAUUGAAAGUUGGUCUGACGGCCGAUGAAGUUCAUACACGUCCUGCAGCUGCACCAGGACAGGUUCCCGCAGCCAAUAACUCGAGUGGUUUCUCAGGAAGUUUGAUCUUGGUGGCCACCGAGAACUUCAUUACCUUCCUCGAUGCCCUUCGCCUGAACAUGGUGUCGAAAUCUGCCCUCCAUCCUCUACUGUCUGAUGUCAUCCAAUCCGUGAACAAGGUCACCGAUCAGGAUUUCGAACACCGAGGCAAGAUCAUCCAGUGGCUCAUCACGCUCAAUCAGAUGAAGACUGCAGAGGAGCUCAGUGACGAACAGGCACAUGAUUUGGCAUUUGACAUGGAGCAAGCAUACAAUGGAUUCAAGUCAAUAAUCCGAUGAAGCUGUCAAGUUGGAGUCAGCAUAUCUCGUUUGACAGAUCUUGGCCUCCAUUGACUCUGACAAAUGGUUGAGAUGGAUCCUUGAAGGUUUACAAGAGCCAUGUUGACUGAAAGAUGAUGGGCAUGGCUAGCAUGAAGGUCGGGGACUGGCGUGCAGGAAGGACCAUUGGUCUUGAUAUCCUAGGUCACGUGGUCAACUGGUCUGGUGCUCAUGCGUUGUCACUCUGGCUGAAGCCAUGAGGGCGGAGGUCGGUGAUUGUUUCACAUUCAAAACGCAUGUGCAACAAGCAAACAAUCAAGCCUAUCUACCCGAUUUCUUUGCUACCAUGGCAAGAUGGACCGGCCAGCCAAAAAUCUAGGAGGGGCGCACUGGCCGUGACAGCGCCAAAAAUACCAAGCAUCGGGGCUUGAAUACCAACCACAGUGACCGAGCGCACGAGCCAACAACAAUAAUGGGAGUUUAGGUCAAACCCUCACCCACCCAGUACCAGGCAGCCUGGUAGCGAGCCGUGGUCUCAUUGAGACCUCGUGUCGAAUUCAAUAUAUCGGAGUUGGGACCUGAAUCGGUGUGAUUAAACGGCACAACACCCCCAGCAACAACCUUCUCCUUCCGCUGUCACCACAACUAAUAGAUUGUGAUGAGGGUAUUAGAGAGCUGGGAGUUGUGUGUGUUAUUUUCCAUGGAACAAGAGGAUGGCAACGGUUGGAGCAAGGGAAGAGAUGGUCAGUCUACACCGCAGGCUUGAUUAUGGGUAGUCGCUGGUCUGAUCGUUGCUUAUACCAGACAAGAUCUUACUUGGAGUCUCAGGAUCUAUGUAUUGGGUAUAGGAAUACGAAUAGGCAGUGAUUGCUGUGGCGAGUUCGUGCAGUACUUUGUGCAGUACUCAGGUCCUGUCUAGAGUCCAGAAGACCUCAUUAUGGGGAAACCUACGUCUGAUGAUCAUGUUCAAUUCAAUGAACUCUCCCUUUCACGUCCCUG